GACGCAUUUUCCCAAUCUUUCCGCUGCCACAGACGCAUUCAAUGCACGUGACCAGUAAACCGGAUUUAAGCGCCCACACGCUACCACGCGAACCGUGUUGAAGCGACAUUCUGCUCUUCUACACGCACAAUCGUCCUCUCAUCGUCCAUCAUACUGCAGAAAGUAGAAUCACAGCACCUUUUCUGCGUCGGUAACAGCUCUGCAGUACUUCGGAUCCACUGCUCGCGUCCUGCAUCGCACCAUUAUCGCUGUCCUUGUCUAGUCGCCGAUUCGUUUCGAGUGAGCCUUGCCCUAGUAUCUUCGCGUCAUUGCUGAUCAUACGAUCGCACAACGCUGCUAGGAUGAUCGCAAGUAACGGACUAUACUUUGCAAGCCCCGAGCAAAACAUCUGGGACGUCAACCUGCCGAACAACUGGGCCCUGCGGCAGCCCGACUACCCAUCGACGUAUCAGGGCCAGGCUCCUUACAGCGAGUACGCAGACUGGAGAUUCAACAAUGAAACGGCAGCAAUUCCACGCCAGCCAACCAUGCAGAAGCAUGUCAUCUGCAGCGGCGAUCUGAAGCCUUCUGGAGGACCGUUCCCUGGUGGUGGAAAUGAUUGGAAUGCCUAUGGUCGUCCGGAGGGACAUGGCGGGGUCAGCGCAGAUGAGGGUCCCAUAGUCCGGCGCGCCUGGUUCGAUGUCCAGUGCGGCUGGGUCGAUGACGAGAUUGAGGACACGUCAACUACGCUCGAUGAAGCGGAGUUCCUCCUUGAACGCACCCUACGGAGGCCUGAGGGAAGCAGGCGGCAGAUCGACAGUCUCGGGGAACACUCCGGGGGCACCCAGAGUUACUCUACGAUCGAUACCCUCCCACCGCACUUUGACUGCUGUGCGAACGCGCGUGCGAGGGCCUGGCAGAAAGUCCUGAUUGCCCUUGGUAGGCACCAGGACAAGGCGACGAGGCCGGUGACUGUUCGUCGUGGCUUCUAAGCCGCAUCCACCUUGACGAUGGUACGUUUCAAGUCUCUCUACACAGUAUCGUCGUUGACGCAUCGUCGUACAUGCAGCUCUUGCGCUGGAGUUCAACGAGCCGUCGGCCAGUCUAAUCACAGCCGAGAGGAAUUGAUAGGAAUGAAGGCCUAUGGAGGAUGAUGAAAAGGAUAAAUCGUCAGCGUAGUAUGAUGGAUGUCGCUGUAACAUAUGAAAUUCUCACCGUAUACUUUUUCCCUUCUACC